UAUCAUAAAGGUGAAGGUUGAAUGAACGAAGUGAAGUCCACGAAAUAUGCAUUUUUUCGACUAACAAUUCAAUUAAACAUUUACCUGGCAAGAGUGAUACAUUGAUAAAUCCACAAUGAAAAUUUUUGGUAUUGACUUUGCUCCAUUGAACAUCCCCCUGGAGAGGAGGAUCCAGACGCUGUGUUUAAGCCAGUGGGUGUUGUGCUUCCUAUUUGGUGGGUUCGGUUGCCUCUUCUUCUGCAUCUACCUUCUGUUCACCAAAUACUAUUGGAUACCACUGCUCUAUCUUGUUUGGUAUUACUAUGACAGAAGUUCAUCGGAAACUGGCGGGAACCCGAUCAGAUUUAUUCGCUACAAUGUUGUAUGGAGGAAAAUGAGGGACUAUUUUCCUGCAAAACUUCAUAAAACAGCUGAUCUAGACCCUAACAAGAGCUAUGUGUUUGGUAUCCAUCCCCAUGGUAUCAUGCAGUACAGUGGGUUUUUGUCAUUUGCAACAGAGGCAAUGGGAUUUAGCGAGAUGUUUCCAGGAAUUUUUCCACACCUGGUUAUUCUACAUGGCCAAUUCCAGUUUCCCUUUUACAGAGAUUACCUGCUUUCUUCAGGUAUGUGUUCUGUGAGCCGUAAAAGUUUUGACUGGAUCCUGAACCACCGCGGUCAUGCAGCGUGUGUGGUGGUUGGCGGCGCAGUGGAGGCGCUAGAGUCAAACCCAGGACAUUUCAACCUGGUUGUCAUGAAGAGGAAGGGCUUCAUUAAGCAAGCACUUAUACAUGGUGCUUCAGUGGUGCCGGUGUUCACAUUUGGUGAGAACGAUGUAUAUGAACAGGUACAGAAUCCCGAGGGCUCACGCCUGAAGAGGCUUCAGAUCUUCCUUACCCACAAGAUAUUCGGGUUCUCUAUGCCCAUUUUCAAGGGCCGCGGAAUCUUCAAUUAUACAUUUGGGAUCUUCCCCUAUAGAAGACCUCUUAACACUGUUGUUGGCAAGCCAAUAGAUGUGGAGAAGAAUGAAAAGCCAACACAAGAAGAGAUAGAUGACUUGCACCAGAAAUAUGUAGAAGGCCUUAAGGACCUGUUUGAAACCAACAAGACAAAGUAUGACAUCUCUGAAGAUACACACCUUAACUUCAUAGGCUAGCUUGAUAGGUUGUGUUCUGGAAAUAGUGCAUAGUAUUUGAACCAAAUUGCUUUUAAAAACAAACAAAAAUUGUGAUCACUGUAUAUAUACAUGUACAUCAAAGUAUAGCAUUCAAUGAUAUGGCAUUAUUAAUCCCAUUGUUUAUUGGUUAAGCUAUUACUAUUACUAUAUUUAUUGCGUGUGAGGUCUGUUUGUGGUUUUGUAUAUGUGUGUAUGUGGUGUUUGUAUGAUUGUGUCUCUCAUUCAGUACCAUUUAGACCCUUCCAGUGUGUCUCUAUACAGGGUUUUAUCACUUAAUAUAUGCAUUAAAAUAUUGCAUCACUUAAUAUAUGCAUCAAAAUAUUGCAUCACUGAAUAUAUUCUAUCAAAACAUGACAUCACUUAUUAUAUUCAUCCAAAUAUUGCAUAACUGAAUAUAUGCAUCAAAAUAUUGCACCACUGAAGAUAUUCAUCAGAAUAUGACAUCACUGAAUAUGAUCAUCAAAAUAUGACAUCACUGAAUAUGAUCAUCAAAAUAUGUCAUCACUAAAUAUACAUCAAGAUAUGUCAUCACUGAAUAUAUACAUCAAAAUAUGACAUCACUAAAUAUACAUCAAGAUAUGUCAUCACUGAAUAUAAACAUCAAAAUAUGACAUCACUAAAUAUGAUCAUCAAAAUAUGACAUCACUGAAUAUGAUCAUCAAAAUAUGUCAUCACUAAAUAUACAUCAAGAUAUGUCAUCACUGAAUAUACAUCAAAAUAUGACAUCACUGAAUAUAAACAUCAAAAUAUGACAUCACUAAAUAUACAUCAAGAUAUGUCAUCACUGAAUAUAAACAUCAAAAUAUGACAUCACUAAAUAUACAUCAAGAUGUGUCAUCACUGAAUAUAAACAUCAAAAUAUGACAUCACUAAAUAUACAUCAAGAUAUGUCAUCACUGAAUAUAAACAUCAAAAUAUGUCAUCACUUAAUAUGCAUCAAGAUAUGUCAUCACUGAAUAUAAACAUCAAAAUAUGUCAUCACUUAAUUUACAUCAAGAUAUGUCAUCACUGAAUAUACACAUCAAAAUAUGUCAUCACUUAAUAUACAUCAACAUAUGUCAUCACUGAAUAUAAACAUCAAAAUACCCAGUAAGGCAUGGAAUCGAACAUUCUCAUAAGUGCCUAGUUAUUUCAAGAAAAGUUCAUAAUUAUGUUUAGUAAACACUGUUAUGAUUUAGAUAGCUGAAUUUACAUGAGAAAUCUUUGUUUGAAAUAAUCAAGAGUUAAAUAAAUAAAGUCAAAGAUAUUUGGACUGGAAGCAUUUUAAGAAAAGGAGAAACUUAAAUUGGAUAAGGAGCAUUAUACUCAAAGUGGAGGUCAAUUUGCUUGUACUGGGAUCAUUAUAAGCCAAGGGAAGUCUUAAUACAUUUGGAAAAGGAGCAUUAUAUGGGAAAGGGAGAGAUUAAACAACUUGGUCUAAGAUCAUUGUAAGUAAAGGGAAGUCUCAUGUGAAUGGACUGCAGGGGCCAUUAUAGUCAAAGGGAAGUCUAAUACAUUUGGAAAAGGAGCAUUAUAAGGGAAGGGAAGUCUAAUACAUUUGGAAAAGGAGCAUUAUAAGGGAAGGGAAGUCUAAUACAUUUGGAAAAGGAGCAUUAUAAGGGAAGGGGAGUCUAAUACAUUUGGAAAAGGAGCAUUAUAAGGGAAGGGAAGUCUAAUACAUUUGGAAAAGGAGCAUUAUAAGGGAAGGGAAGUCUAAUACAUUUGGAAAAGGAGCAUUAUAAGGGAAGGGAAGUCUAAUACAUUUGGAAAAGGAGCAUUAUAAGGGAAGGGGAGUCUAAUACAUUUGGAAAAGGAGCAUUAUAUGGGAAGGGGAGUCUAAUACAUUUGGAAAAGGAGCAUUAUAAGGGAAGGGGAGUCUAAUACAUUUGGAAAAGGAGCAUUAUAUGGGAAGGGGAGUCUAAUACAUUUGGAAAAGGAGCAUUAUAAGGGAAGGGGAGUCUAAUACAUUUGGAAAAGGAGCAUUAUAAGGGAAGGGGAGUCUAAUACAUUUGGAAAAGGAGCAUUAUAAGGGAAGGGGAGUCUAAUACAUUUGGAAAAGGAGCAUUAUAAGGGAAGGGGAGUCUAAUACAUUUGGAAAAGGAGCAUUAUAAGGGAAGGGGAGUCCAAUACAUUUGGAAAAGGAGCAUUAUAAGGGAAGGGGAGUCCAAUACAUUUGGAAAAGGAGCAUUAUAAGGGAAGGGGAGUCCAAUACAUUUGGAAAAGGAGCAUUAUAAGGGAAGGGGAGUCUAAUACAUUUGGAAAAGGAGCAUUAUAAGGGAAGGGGAGUCUAAAGAAACUUUGACCAGUUCCAAAAUUGUUCUUGUCAAUGUACGAAAGUGCAUAAAUUGUUGCUUUUAUGCAUUUUAUUCAGCUCAAACAAGGUCUUUAAAUGUUAGAAUUAUAAGCCUGGUUGUGAUUGUUUAAUGUUAUAAAAAGUUAAGAUGUGCAGGGUUCGAAUUUAACUUUGAGGAGCACUCGCAAAAUUUUGCGAGUGCAUUUUGAGGCAACUCGCAAAAUGAAAAUUCAACUUGCAAUUUUAUUAUUUGCUUUAUUCCCUUAUAAUAUUGUCUAAUUAAAGUAGAAAUUUACACCUAAGACAUAUUAUGAAUAUUAAAAAGUAUCAAUCUUGAGUGACUCAACUACUAGAACUUGUUGAUGGCUUAUUCUAUUUGGGGAGUACGGAAAGACUCAUCUGAUGCUGGCAGCUUUUUGAUAACAAAGCUGUUCAAUAAUUUGACAUUGUUCACUUUAUAUAUUUACCCUCGACAUCGGGUAAUUUAAUACCCAUUCGACAAGCACGCUACAGAUUUCAUUAAGUCUGUAAGUAUUAAAAUAAAUAAAUUUGAAAUAAAAAAAAGCAACAGUAAAUAUAGCGUGGAUACUUUGGACCAUGAAAUAUAUCGAUCGACGUAGUCUAUUCAUUUUGACAGUUGGGCGAAAAUACGUAUAUUCAAAGGAUGAUGGGGUUUACAUAUAGUGCGCAGAAGCGCUAAAUUUAGCCAAUGAUUGAGCUAGGUGAUUACGUCAUUCGUAUUCACUUUGUAUAAUGCACGCCUCGGAGCAUCCCGGAAAGAUUCGAGAUAAAACUCCUUUUCCGUAUUUGUUCUAUUUUUGAAAACUUACUAGAGCGUGACUCCGUACUGUCUUCUUUAUUCUUUAUAGCGGAGUUAAGUUCAUGUUUAUUCUACUUUCUUUUUAACAUUUUGUGGUCUAGAAAAAGCCACUCGCAGAAUUUUGCGAGCGUGAAUAAAAGUCACUCGCAGUUUGUAAAUGUCGCUUGCAUUUUGCGAGUAUGCGAGUCUAAAUUCGAACCCUGAUGUGUAGAAAUUAAGCUGUCUAUUUGAUAAGAAUUCAGUGGUACUUUUAAUUGUAUUAGCAGAUUAUAGUCGUUUUUGAUUAGAAAGUCAUACUUUUAUAUGUAGUUAUUACAGGAUAUUUUGCCCUCUGUUCCAUGUUUGAGUAACAUUUUUCCUGUAUGAUAUAUAAAAUAUAAUAAUCUAUGAGUCAUUUUCAUUUUAAUAGCCAUACCCUUGUUCAAACCCUUAACUUGCCAUCAUAAUCUGUAUCAUGAAAUACAUGCAUGUUGAAAAACCUUCGCUUGCUAUCAUAAUCUGUAUGUCACCCAUGAAUGUUUAGAUUGAUUUGUGAAGUGUUUAUGGUAUCACCCUCAAAUACCAGAUAUUUCUUUUUUCUGUGAUAACCAUUUGCCAAAAGCAUGUUCGUGUAGAUACAUGUAUAUGUAGAUCAUUUGUUCACUUAAGUAUACUAUCAACAUAGUCAUCGACAUUUUGUCUCAAUGAAAUAUGUACAUAAGACAACUAUUUUUGCUUUGCAAACACAACAUUCCAUAUUUGCACAGGAACUGUUAUUUUAACGCUAUACAACAAUAUCCCUUGACUGACUGAAUGAGUUUAUUUCCAGGCCAGACAUGUCAUCAGAAAUUAAUAUUUUGUAGGAGCUCAUCUGACUGUACAUGUACAUGAAAUCUUGAGGUUACAUGACAUUUUAUCUGAAUGUGGCUUACGCAGACCAAUUUAAUGCCAAGCAGGACCUUAAAGCCUAUCACCAAAUUUGUGUAUUUUAGGUCUUCAUUCACCUUGAUUGUACCAUCUACCAAAGAAGCUAAAACAGUUAAAUUUGCAUGAAAUGCUAGAUAGAAAAGAGUGAAUACCCAAUGUUUUUAUACUUUCGUUGAAAACAUAUUUUAAGUGUUAUUAUUCAACUCAUUUAUGACUUGGGUAUUUUCAUUAAUGCAAUAUACCAACCAGCAAUAAACUUGCCCUUAUAAAACAAAUAUUCUUCAGUCAGAUUGUAAUCAAAAUAUCAGCUCAUUUUUCCACAUAAAACCAUGGUAUGAUGAAAAACCUUAUGUUUCAUACUUUUUUAAAGCGUAUUUUCUCAUUGAAUGUGUUGAUAAAAACUCUGUUGUCAAAAUCACAAAGAUAAAACAUUCUUGAGCAAGUUAUGUCCUUGAGUUAUUGCUCUAAGACCAGUUUUACUCCAUUACUCAAUUUAUACUGUAGGAUUAUUUUUCUUACGAAUGUUAAUCAAUUUUUAAUUUAAACUGAGUUGAGGUUAAAAUGAGAAAUAACUUACAUAUUUUUUUUGGUUCUCUGACUUGUUUUGUGUACCAUUUGCAUACAUAGUUCAGGUUUAUUUGUGAAAUUGUUGGUUUUCAAAGGAAUGUAGAUAGAACUUCUUUUUUGUCUUUGGUCUUUUUGUUAUCAUAACUUGUAAGGUUAAAACAUGUUUAUAUAAUAUCAUGUUUGAUCAUUUAUUUGUAUUGUUUGGUAGAUAUAGGCAUAUAGGCAUUUAUCUUUAGUUGUUAUUAGUAUGUCACUUUCAACAUAAACACUAUUGUAGUUCUUUUAAAUUAUAUUGCUUAUUUAGUCACUUGUUAUUGAAGUAUAAACACAUAUUUUCUUGUGGUUUUUUUUACCCUGCUAGUCGCAAUUCAAUGUGCUAUAUUUUUAUACCCUGACUUGCCAUGUAUUUAUAUACUCUAGGGCCAAUAUAUUACCCAGCAUUAUGCUACCAGUUCUUUUUUUCUUACCUAGCAGUAGCAUUGUGCCUGCCUGUUUUUAUCCUUGAUUUCAUGGAUGUCAAGCUGUGCAUGAUAUCAUGAAUGACAAGUUGUGUAUUAUUAAAUGAAUGUUAAGUUGUGUAUAAUAACAAUCAUGAAAGUCAAGUUGUGUAUGGACACAUGGUUGUUAUAUAUGAAUUGUUUUGAAUAUUGCAAACUCUCUUCCUGACUGGAUAACUGAUUUGAUUUAGAUGUACUUUAACUCAUGGUACAUUUGUUAUCAAGCCAUGUUUUAUCAUGCAGUGCAUUAAGGUUAUUGUCAUGUAAUGUUAGGACUUUUUUAAACCAAGUGAGUUAAACUUAAGUUUCUGUUUGGUAUCGUGUUAAUUUUUGUUUGCAGUUAAUAUUUAUUUCAAAUGUUUGUUAUACGCCUGUUUUAUUAAUUGGGAUAUUUUAAGGAUUCAUUUGCAGCAGAGACUGGACGGCUUCCAAUAUGUUACCGACACUGUGACUAGAGGAGCUUUUGUCCCAUUAUAUCCAAGCAUGCUUUUGUGUGUGUGUGAUGGGCAGAACAUCAUGGCCAAGUUUGAUACAUUCAUGCUGCUACAGUCACUUUACAGUUAUGGCCCUUGAACUUACACAGACUUCAUGGUAUCCACCUCAUGGAGCUUUUGUUGGAACUUUUACACUUGGACAAUACGUGUAUGGGUGAAACUUCUUGGUCAAAUUACAUAACUGGAAAUUACCGGUAUGUGUAUGGGUGAAACUUCUCGGUCAAGUUUGAUAACUGGACGUUAUGUGUAUGGGUGAAACUUCUCGGUCAAGUUUGAUAACUGGACAUUAUGGGUAUGGGUGAAACUUCUUGGUCAAGUUUGAUAACUGGACAUUAUGUGUAUGGGUGAAACUUCUUGGUCAAGUUUGAUAACUGGACAUUAUGUGUAUGGGUGAAACUUCUUGGUCAAGUUUGAUAACUGGACAUUAUGUGUAUGGGUGAAACUUCUUGGUCAAGUUUGAUAACUGGACAUUAUGUGUAUGGGUGAAACUUCUUGGUCAAGUUUGAUAACUGGACAUUAUGUGUAUGGGUGAAACUUCUUGGUCAAGUUUGAUAACUGGACAUUAUGUGUAUGGGUGAAACUUCUUGGUCAAGUUUGAUAACUGGACAUCAUGUGUAUGGGUGAAACUUCUUGGUCAAGUUCAAUAACCAGCCACCAUGCACCCACAGUUGUGACCUUUAAAUCGGGAAAACAUGUUAUUACAUUGCCUGAGCUCUCAAUUUCAGUAUUGCACACUUUUAUCACCAAAUUUUGUGUCCAACAACUAGGAAAUGCAUGUAGUAGCAUACUCCUGACUGUAAUCAGUAUUAAACUUAAACCUUAAAAAAGCACAGCUUGUUCAUGUACAAACAUUUAAUAGGAAAUAUGUUUAGAUUUUCUCAUGCGUUUAUUAAUAUUAAUACUUAUUAGACGUGUUAAGUAUAUUGCAAUGCUACGUUAUGAAAUGAAAAUAGAGAUGAUCGAUAUACAAAUGUAAACAAUGAAUGAAUGUUAAGUAAAAGUGAUAGGAGGUACAUGUCUUUGGACAUCUUAAGAGAUAAAUUCUAAGUGUGUAUGUGAGAUAAUGUUAUGACACUACCCCAUUUUUCCCCAGCUUUUGUUUUUGCCGUAUAUAUUGCUAGAUAUGAGUUCUGUAAAUGCUGAUGUAUGUUUGUUGUUCUUUUAUGUAUUUUGUUCACUCCUUAUAUUCUGUUGUAAAUGAUACAUUGAAAUGGCGCUUACAUGGCUGAGAUUUGUUGCUUUGCUCUGCCUAUUAAAAUGAGGCUUAGCACAUGGAACAGUGUGUAGCGUUUCUAGGAGGUGGCCCAAAUAACUGGUGACUGUUGUAUUAUUGGUAACUGUGGUAACUUUUUGAUUUUUAUGAAAACUUUAAAUAUACAGUUUCCAGUGCCAGUUUGACAAAAAAGCAAUGAUGAGAACAUAUUUUACCGCCUGAAGUCUUACAAUCCUUUCAGACAGUAGUAAUAACAAUCCAGUUAGUGGCGGAACACAAUGUGCUUAGUUUGUUAAUUAUGCAAUUAAUUCUAUUUUAUUUUUUUCUGAAACCACGCCCUGGGUUCAGCCCUUGAGUUUUCAGUUUACCUUUUGAGUGUGGUUAGAAAAGAUUGAGCAACGGGCCCCAAUUUUUAAAUAACAAAAAAAACAACCUUAAUUCAUUUCGCCCAAUUCUUUGCUUAAACUUGAUUUAGCCAACUAAGAAAUGGUUUGCUAUGAUAAUAAUCAAGUUAUUUCCCGUUUGAGUCUAAGAACUCUACCAAAAUCAGAAUCUUGAACCAAUUGUAUCCAAACAAAAAUAGUGUGCUUAGCCUUAACUUGUUAUAAUGUUUUGGAUUUGGGCUCAUCAUUUAAAGAGAAUGUGCGAGAUUCUGUCCUAAGUGUUGAUACAUUGUGCCAUCACCAAGAAAAUAAAGUAUGAUCUCAUGCAAUGAAUGAUUGUUUGGCAUCUUUAAAGGUGAAUUAAUCUCAAUGUUAAUCAUACCAUGUUCCUGGGUAACCUAGCAGAAAUGAACGUAUUUUCGAGGGCUUAGCGCAAACGUGAAAAAAAACUUCUUUCGAGAAGCCCUUAAAUGUCUUGACUAUGUGUGAGGGCCGUUUCAAAUGUACCAUGCUCAUUUAGACGCCUUAGAGGGUCGUCUUUGGUUCUGAUGUAUUGGUGCUAAUUUGUACAGUUAUGUUUCUAGUCCACUUUCAUUGCUUUUUAGGUGUAAGAAUUGAGAAGGCAUUGCAUGUGAGCUAACUAUACAUUGUUUGUACGUUUAAGCAUUGUUGUAUGUGACUUGAGGCAAGUACCCUAUGAACUUGUAACACAAUGCUGGCCAUACUAAGCUAUGAAUGAUGUUGUAUUUAUAUUUUUUACAUGUUUGCUUAUGUUUCACUUAAUCUGAACGUCUUCAUAAUUUAGAUAAGGUUUAUAAAUGCUUCAAUAGUAAAUCAUUCACUUUUUAGUUAUUAUUUUAAUUAUCGAAAUUGAUGAAAGACUUAUGCAAGAAUGUUAUUUUUCUUAUUUCUCCAAAUAACCAUUGGAGUCCCUUUAUCUUUAUGGAGCCUUGCUACAUGAAGGGUUCACCAAACUAAUUUUAGUAAAAAGAAAAAGAAUGUGCCAUUUUUAGAUUCUUAAAACAAUAUUUGUACCAGCAAUUCAUAAUUUCUAAAUUAUAUACAUGUUACAUGUUAUGAAAUGAUAAGAUAGUUGUUUAGUUAUGUGAUAUAGUAAACUGAUGUUUGUUACCCAACUUAAAGUUUCAUUUUUGUUGGGUUUAUGGGAUGAAAACCUUUUAUUAUGUUUUUUCACCUUUAUUUCUUUUAUUUAUAUAAUGUUAAGAAACAUGGUUAAUUAUAUUACCUUAUAAUGCAUAAAGCAAUAAACGAUAUAAUAAG